AUGGUUGGAAAGCGCAAGAGAGACGCUGCUGUUGUCUCCAGGACUACGAAGGUGGAUAAGGAGGAGGAGAGGACGACGUCACAGACUGCGACGACUGAUGCGUCUGCUGCGGACGUUUUUCGCAAAUUCUUUGAAGCGCAGUUUCAACCGUUGGAGGUGCCUGGGGGCCAGGUGACUCGCAAUGAUGAGUCGGAUGAGGAAGAGAGUGAGGACGAGGACUUUGAGGAGGGAUCUGAAUCGGGCUCUGAUUGGGAUGGCCUUUCCGGAGAGGAAGAUGAGGCUCCGGUUGAGGUAGUUGAGCAUCGUGAUAUCAAGAGUCAGGAUUUAAUGGACAAAAAGGCGCGCAAGGCGUUUAUGACCUCGAAACCGCCCUCAUAUUCCGAAGAGCCGAAGCCUGCGAAAAAGAAGGCCAAGAAGGAAAAGAGUGACGAUGACGAGGAGGAUGCCAUGGAUGCGGAUAAUCUGAAGAAUGAUCUCGCCUUGCAACGGCUUCUGAAGGAGUCCCACCUGCUCGAGUCAGCAAACGAACUUGCGCCAACCGGUAAAAACCGAAUCAAGGCUCUUGAUCUGAGAAUGCAGGAACUGGGGGCAAAGGCGUCUCUGUAUAAGCAGAAAAUGCCCACAGCGCACAGAAGAGGUAUCAAGGAGAAGGCAGACAUGAAGGAAGAUAGGCGUCGACGUGAAGCCAAGGAGAACGGUAUCAUUCUCGAGAAGCCCGCACCCAAAUCAAAUCCAGCCAGCACCAAGCGUCGGGAGCGCGGUGUCGGAGGUGCUUCUAUCGGAAAAUUUGCGGGUGGUGCUUUGAACUUGAGCAAGCGUGACGUGGCCGCCAUUCAAGGCCCGCGCCGCACGACAAAGGGCAAGGGCAGAGGCAGAGGACGUCGUUAG